AUGGCAACCCCGGGCCCGGCCGACCCGGCCGGAGGUGACCCGGCUCAAGGGAACCCGGCUCAACAACAACCGGCUCAAGAGAAUCCUCCUCAAGAUGGUCCGGUCGGCGAGAGACCCCGAACGCCAUGGGCAGCGAGGUUUGGGGUCCACUCGGCCGGCCGGUGGAAGACGGAGAACUCGUCGGGCCUCCACCCGGACUGUCCGAACAUCGGCCCGGAGAACUAUGUAGACCUCCCGCCCGAGGCAGAGGCCGACCCGAUCGUGGCCCUCGAGAUGCCCGACGACGACGCUCUGGACAAGCUGUUCCUGGACGAGGCCGAUCAGAGGUCGAGGCUGUGCGGGCUCCCGAUGUACCAGGCGGUCGUGUUCAACGACAACAUGCCGGUCGAAGAUGGCCUGCGCGAACGCGUUGAUGAGUCAAGUUGGCAUCCUGUUUUUGCAAAGGCGAGGUGGUUUAACAUGGACCUCCCCUUGGAGCACGAAUACCCGAAUCCAGGCCGGCUGCUGCCAGGUCUCUUGCCGAACCCGACCUACAACGUGGAUGACCCGGUGUUCUGGGCGGCCCUGCAGCCUGCCAUACAGCUGGCGAGCGACAUACUCUCAAUAUCGUUCAACCUUCCUUUCAACGACGCGGGCCAUCAGACCUCCGCCCAAGAAAAGAACGACUGGUUGUUGUACAAUUCUAAGCGGAUGCAGAUCAGCUUCAUGGCCCCCAAGGUCGGGUACGCCAAGAUGGGCUCGGCCGUGACCUACCCGGCGCCUUCGGGUUCCGGUGCCAUCGUCAUGCUGAUAAAUCCCAGCCUCAUCUGGGUGCUGCUGGACUCGGCAGCCACGCCGGCGCAGAGGGCGCACUGCGCCUUUGCCAUGGGCAGCAGGAUGGCGCACGAGAUGCAGCACGCGGCAUACCGGAUGGAGCAGUUCGCGCUGCCCAAGCCACAGCGCAUGCUCAACGAGGCCUUCUACCGGCCCAUCCGCAGCCAACCGCCGGAGUGGGUUCCCGAGCUCGGCAUGGCGUUCGAGAAGCAGGUUCUCGGGGGGUUCUGCAGGCCAGGGAGCGGGGCAGACGACGUCUUGCGCCAGGGCUUCCUAACCGCCUGCGAGGACUUCCCGAACCGCCACAUAGCACACAGCCGCGGCGGUGUGAACGUGGCAGAACACCAAAACGACCCAUUCCACUCCUACUUGACACCUGCGUCUCUGAUCGUAGACUACUUCAAGGACAACUUUUGGAAUCAAACGGUCGCCAAAUAUCGGAUCCAAGCUGUGCAACUUCCGAGAAGUCUGAGGGUUGGUGACAUGGGUUUCGGUAAGGGCUAUGGAAACAUGGAGUUCUCAGGCGCGGAACCUGUGGAGGAGAGGCGGGAAGCGAUGGAACUCCUGCGAAGUGGCAUAGAAACCAGAGGGGAGAAAUGGGAAAGGCUCCGGCCGUGGCACCGCCGGAACUUUGAGGCGUGGCAAGCAAGCUUCUGGGCACUGACCUCAGCGAGGAACGCCCUGGCACGGUUCACCGCCGCGGUCCAACAGGAGGAUGAAUAUGAGGCCCAAGAAGCAAUAAAAGACGUAUCCCUCAACGCGCACAACCAAUGGCCGGACGCUGUCAGGUCUGGCUCGCUGCUCGGUGACGCGGGGGACGGGUUCGGCUGGCUCAGGGACGCGCUGGGCUUCCUGAUGUUUGCUGCGCUGCCCAGCCGCCGUCAGGAGAGGGUCACAGAGGUAGGGCCCAGCCCUACCUGGACCCCGGGCCGGGAGAACAUCAGGGAGGCGCAGGAGGCGGGGAUGCAGCCGUUCCCGAUCCAAACGAACGGGAGCUUCGACGCCAGCCAGGUCCUGAGGACCCGCCACCCCCCGGGCAACGCGCGCGGGAACCGGAUCGCCCUGCUGGACACGCUGCGGCGCGAGUUCCAGGCCGGCAGGGACAGGGUCUCGCGGGUGGUCCCCCAGUCCAUCUUGAGCGAGUUCCGGAUACAGGAAGACACCCUCAAGCAGUGGGCGAACAAGAACAGAAAUGCCGAGGGGCAAUGGGGGCCAUUCAACUUCAAGCUUCCUCCCUGGACGCCGCCCUUCAGGGAGAAGAAGGUGGGCAUGCAACCCCGUGGGGACCCUGACCCGCAAAACCGCCGCCUCCUGGCCCUCCAGCAGCACCAGCCCAGCCCGGCCAGUCCGGCCAGCCGCCAGCUCAACCACCUGUUCGGCCACCUCAACAGCCACCUGCUCAACAAGGCGGCGGACAAGCAGGCGGGGGGCAGCCUCAGAACUGGCGGAAUUCCGGAUGGCGAGGUCGAGGCGGACAGGGCCAAGGAUGGCAGAACAGCAAUUGGCAGAAUCGAUCUCAGGGCCCCGGAGCAGGCCCUCAGCCUCCGGGAGCAGGCCCCCAGCCGCCCGGGGGAGGACGAGGGGACGGGGGCCGUGGUGGAGGAGGACGCGGCGGCAGUGGACGUGGAGGAGGGGGACGUGGGCGCGGCGGACGCGGCGGUGGAGGAGGACAGGGCACUGGACAGGGUGGUGGCGGCCGCCGACGAAGUUCUGGCGGGGGCGGAAACAGGCGCGCGGCCAUGGCAGGCCGGGCGCCUGCUACCCAUCACCAAGUGA